GGACGGGACGGGACGGGACGGGACGGGACGGAGGGUGGCACAGCGCGGGCAGCUUUCUCGCCCCGGGCUCCUUCCGUCCCCGUUCCCGCUUUUGGGGGGGUCUCACAGUGAGAGCGUAGCGCUGGGGGAACUCGGGGAGUGCUGAGAUGAGGGACGGGGCUUAGCGGGCGGUGCUACGGCCGGCCGGGUGAUGUCAGGGGUGUUUGCCUACAUCGGUGGUUCUGUGAUGGGAGCCAGCACCUGGGUUGUGCUGCUGUGCCCUGCUGCUCGUUGUUUGGGAGCCUUGGCUUUUGGUCUUGGGGAGGCAAGCGGGAGAGGUGAAUUUGGCUGUUGGAAAGGAGCCGAGCGACUGGACAGCUGAAAGCAGGAACGGAAUGCCUCCCCCUGCUCUGCAAAGAAGUCCUUAUGGUUUGUUUUAAACCUUUGUGGAGGUUCCUGACUCAUCCUUCUCCACGGCUUGGCUGCUCGCUGUGUUGUGCAGAGCGGUUCCCAGGAGCUCAGCUGCUGCCAUCCCAUCGCCAUCACCCAUCCUCAGCAGGGAAGUGCAACUCAGCAGCACUUCUCCUCAGGGCUGGAGAAGCUCCUCAGGGCUGGAGAAGCUCCUCAGGGCUGGAGAAGCUCCUCAGGGCCCAGAGCUCAAACCCCCGCUUCUGCUUGUCAAAGCUUGGGUGCAGGAAUCGGUGCUCUUCCCCAGGAAAGGAGGAGGAGGCUUCUGUUCUCUGUGAAAAGAAGAAUGUUCAUUUCUUCUUUCCCACGGAGAGGAAAUCACUGAAAUUUGAGGACUGCCUGGAGCUGCUGCUGCUGGAGUCCAUGGCGUACACCGGGACCCCUCCGCCAGCGGGGCCCAUUGGCUCCCAGUACUGCGUCUGCAAAGUUGAGCUGUCCAUCUGUGGCCAAAACCUGCUGGACAGGGAUGUCACUUCCAAGUCUGACCCCUUCUGCGUCCUCUUCAUGGAAAUCAAUGGAAAAUGGGUGGAGGUAAGUCUUGAAGCUGCGUUAUUUCUGCUUCCUGUGGUUUGCUUAUCAGAAAACAAGCUUGGGGAUGAAGGCUGCAGUUUCCUGCUGGAAAGCCUUUCCUGGAUUUCAAUUUCAAAGCAGCUGAAUCUGAGUCACAACCUGCUCUCUGUUAACGGCAUUUACAGUCUGUUGAAGGCAGUGAAUACCUGUCAGAAGGUGGUGGAGGUGGAAGUCAGCCUUUAUCAUAACACUACAGUCCUGAGGUUUACAGAAGAUGGAGAAUUUGCUUCCCCUCCUCCUGGUAGGGAAGAGCCUUUGUACCCUACUGAUGACCAACGAGAUGACAAAGAAAACCAGACACCUAUUCCCUCCAAAAAAAUAAGGUUGACAGACUGUCAUUUUCAAGCCAGCGACCUGGAGAAGCUGUGUGCAGUCCUGAAGGAAUGUGGCAGCAUCUCUGAGCUGGACCUCUCAAAUAAUUAUCUGGGAGAUGAAGGACUUGCACAGCUGUUGCAGUUCCUCCCGAAUCUGAAAAUGUUAAGGUCACUCAAGCUAAAUAACAAUCAGAUCUCCCUGAGCUCUGUGUUCUGCUUAGCUCAGUCCUUAUGUACACUGGAACACAUUGAAACAGUGGACCUCAGCUUAGGACACAUGCAGGUGGUUCAUCUAACCUUUGGGGACAGAAUCAGGCUCAGAAGGACCAGCAGAUGGAGAAGUUGUUUCCUGGUGCAUCCAAAGCACGUAACAAAUGGACAGUGCUUUCGUCUCAGGGAUUGCACGGUGGGUCCUGAGGAUGUGACCAGGCUGUGCCGGAUACUGACACAGUGUCCCCAGCUGACGGAAAUCAAUCUGUCUGGAAAUGCACUGAGUGACCAAAGCAUUGAGAGAUUACUGAGCUUCCUGCCAUACCUAUGCCAGCUGACACUACUGAGUAUUAGGAACAACACGUUUUCCCCAUGUUGUGCUGUCUUAUUUGCCAACUCAAUCAACCUCUGUGAGCGCAUCAGAAGGGUGGAAGUGCGGUCAAGUCAAAAUGCUUUUUUACACUUAAGAACAAGCACGCAAAGCCAGAAGACAUCCUGCAGGCUGACUGACUGUGCCAUUGGCCAAAGACAGAUACAGAAGCUCUGCAGAGUCCUGGAGCAGCAUGGGUGGCUGGCAGAACUGGAUCUCUCCAGGAAUCAGCUGGGAGAUGAAGGCCUGAGGCUCCUCUUGGACCACUUGCAUCGAGUGCCCAUUACCUGUUCUCUCAAUCUCAGCCAUAAUAGGAUUUCUCAGCGUGGAGUUUUGCAUCUCAUAAAUGCCUUUUCUACUUCUGGAAAUACCACUGAAGUUCAGGUCAGUCUGUGCUCCAAGGCAACUUUAAUCAUCAAGCUGACAAGCAGAGAUGACCCAAGAAAGAUUUUGAGGCUCACAGAAUGCAGCUUUCAGCCAGAGCACUUGGAAAAGCUGUGGUUGGUCUUGGAGAAUUGCACCAGUCUGACAGAAUGCAUAUCCUCCAACAACAACGUGACAGUCGAUGCUGCAGAGGGGCUUUUACGUUCACUGAGCAAAACCUCAGGUCCUCUAAAAAUCAGCAUAGAAGAGCCCUGGGUAUGUAAGUUGAGUGUCACAAGCCUUCUUGAGCUGGCUGUCCAGGCCCAUGGAAACAUCACUGCGAUCACGAUAUGUAAAGAGAAAAGCCUCUUCCAGCUAGGGGUAAGGCUCCCACACUGCCUGGAGAAGGUGGGAUCAGUCGUUAGCAGAUUGAAUUUGAAUGAGCCAGAAAUCAAACAGGCUUGCUUCUACCAAAGAGUUCGUGAGAAAUGCACCCAGCUUCAGGAGCUGAGAUGGUCUCAUGUUGAAUUCCACGAUGACACAGAAAUGCUAGUCAGUAUUUUGCUACCUCUUCCAGAUCUGAAGAAGUUUGAGCUGACCUCUUGCAGUUUUACACCAGCUGGAAUUGACUGCUUGAUCACAGGCUUGCAGAGGUGCCAGGCUAUUGAAGAGCUCAACCUGGGCCACAUGAAGCUCGGUGAUGCUGCCAUUCCGAAACUUGUGCUUGGACUCUGUGAAAUGCCAUCUCUGAAAAGGCUGAUCUUGAACCAUAACAGCAUUGGUGACGAUGGCUGCUCCAGACUCGUAGAAGCCCUGAGGACUAUGCGCUGCAUGGAAGAAAUCAAUUUAGGCCACAACAAGAUUGGAGAUCUAGGCCUGAUAAAUAUAGCUGCUGUCCUGCUGGAAAUGCAAAACUUGAAGAGAAUCGACCUCUCAGGGAACUGUCCUAGUCCUGCUGGAGGAGAAAAGCUGAUGGAAGCUCUUGCCAAUUGCAAGCACCUCGAGGAGCUAAUACUAUCAAGGAAUGCUUUUGGAGAUGGGACAGUGGUGAAACUUGCCCUCUGUCUGCCUCGCAUGAACAGGCUGAAGAUCCUGCAUUUGCAGCACAAUGACAUCGGGCCAGCAGGAGGAACGGAGCUGGCCAGAGCCCUGGUGGCAUGUGGACUGUUAGAAGAGAUAAGUUUAUCUGAAAACGACCUUGGGGAAGGAAGUAUCCAUGCCCUGUCUGAGGGACUGCUGCAUUUUGAGCACCUCCGGAAGAUUGAGUUGAAACUCUGUGGAAUCACUGAUGAUGCUUCAAAAUUACUCUCUCGUGGCUUCCAACAGUGCCCUGCCAUGGAGGAGAUAAUAUUGUCUUGGAAUGCCCUUGGUGACGGAGGAGCCCAAGCGUUGGCCAGAAUCCUCCCAGGGAUGGAAAAGCUGAAGAUGUUAGACCUGGAGAAAAAUCGCAUUGGUGCCUGUGGUGCUACAAAGCUGGCAGAGGAACUUGUCAGGUGCCCAGAAAUUCAGUUUGUAAGGCUGUGGGACAAUCCAGUGCCCAAGGGCCUCGCUGAAAGUUUGACAAGCCAAGACCCAAGACUGUGCUUCUCCUUCUGUUAGCAGAGGACAGCCCUCACCUGUUUGAAAUUGCUCUCCGUUUCCCACUGACUUCAAGAAUUGCACUAAAAGGGAUCCUGAAGAACCCAGGAAACCCAAGUUCCUCCAGUUGUAAUUAUGUAAACUUGUAAUUAUGUCUUCCUUUACUGCACUGGACGAAAUGUGAGCACUUACGUGUGUUUUGUUUAUGGUGAGCUUUUAUUGUGAACCAAAAGACUGAAGAACUGCUGCUGAGCAGGCAGCAUUCUCGGUGUACCAACUCUUCAGCUAGCUUUGGGAUGAUGAGAUACAUCUGAUCACACUUUCAGAAAACCAGCAGAAUACUUCAUUAUCUUUAAUCAAGAUUGCAACACCUACAGGAUGUUCCAAUCAAAGGAUGAACAUCCUCCAGGAGAGGAUGUAAUUAUUUUUUUUUAACAGAACUGUAAACUGUUGACACAGUUACAAAUGCACUGGAACAAGCUGUUUGAAAAUUGUAUAUAGCUCUUUGUGAGAUACCUCUAAGGACUGUAAUAUAGGUUGUUGCUUGCUUCAUAGCAGGCUCUUCCUCCUGCAGAAUUGCUUCUGUUUCCUGGUAAAGCUUUCAUGUUACCUCAGUACAAAUGACAGAUCAAUGGUUGUCCAGCAAUGAUUGUUGGACAGUACAGUGAUCUGUAUUUGCAUGGCGAUUACAUGGAAAGGCUGAUACUGCCAUGUAUUUCAGUGAGAAAACUCAAUACUGAGGCUGAAGAACAAUUUGUAAGGGAACUGUGACUGUUAAGUGUGAGAGGACAUGCCUGCUUUCCUGUGUGGCUUUCCAGAAUUUUGGUGGGGUUUUGGAUGACCCAAUUGCACUGUGUCUUUGAGGUGAAGUGAGGGAUGACAUGAGCUUGACAUGCUGCAGUGUGGACUGCAGAAAGGAUCCUUCAGGCAUCUACUACUGAAUCCCAAAGCCUGGCUGUGCUGCUGCUGGACCCGUGAAGACCAAAGGGAGAAGAUCCCAAGCACUGAGUUUGAUGUACUGCUGAGACCAACCAUGACUGCUUGUCUGCGUGGAAUGACAGCAUGCGUUGCAGCUAUGUCAUCCUCAUUAUUUAUUAACUUGUAUUAUAAUGUUUUCCUUAUGUGUUUGUGCUGUAAAUAUUUAAUCCUUGUGGUGAGCUCAUGGAAUUUUGUUUACAGCAGCGUUUGCCUGGAAAGAGCAAAGUGCUGUGAUUUGAGCAGGGCAGGAGUGGGAGCGAGGCGGAAGCUCUGGGCCCUGGGUGGGGGACCAGCUGGCGUCUCUUCCUCCUGGAGGAGCUGCCAGCCUUGUUUUAGGGUCAGCAUCAGGUCUGUGAAACACUGAUCUGCUGCUUGGGAGUGGGGCCUGUUUGGCAGAGGCUAUACUCUGACGAAGCCACAACAAUGAAAAAUGAUAGUGAAAUUUCUUAGUAGACAGUAACUCGUUAAAGUAAUCGAGUCUCCGAGAUUUAAACACUGGAUUUUAAGGAGAAGCUUCACCAAAUAUGGCAUUUCUCUUCAUUUUGGGUUUUCAGGUCUAGGUUGCAGAUGCAAAUCUUUCUAGUGUCUGCUGGAGGAACAGCGUGGCACACGAGUGCUGUGGUGCUAUUGCUUCCCUACAGCUUCCCAGCAAACAGGUUUGUUAAGUGGGCUCCUCCUGCCCCUGGGCUCCCAGAACUUGGGGAAACACAGAGGGUGGGCAGUGUGCUCAGUAAGAACUCAUUCCAGUCCAGACUGUGAGCUGAAAAGCUGUAUUUCCUGCAUUUUCAUCAUUGUUUUAGUGCUGUGUCUCAUAAAUAACAAUGUUUGCUGGGUGUGAAGAAGGGAAGCAGUGUGCUGGCACUCCUUAGCACACCCCAGCACAGCAGUUUUGCAGCAGCCACCAUAAGAGCUGUACUAUUCUGGGCCACCUCCCUGAUGCACUCCAAGAUUUCACUUUGUAUAGGUGUUGUGAUGAUUUAUUUUCCUCACUUACUGGCGUGUACUGUUUUUCCUCCUUAUUUCAAUGGCAAAAACUUGACAUUGGGUAGUUGGGAAUGCCACUUGGAUGAGUGCUUUACUUUUCGAGUCAGUGUUGUUCUUUGGCUCUGGGGGGAAGGCUGCCUUUGCCCUGAGAUCAGAUGUAGUGGUGGAUGUGUUAAAAUGCAAGAGAUGAGAAAAUAAACGAACUGCUGUGUUCUGCAGUCCCCUGACUCCUGAUGUUGGGAACGCCGCAGUUUGCUGUGAGGUGAGAUGUGCUAUCAAUGCAGCACUGCCCUGGGCUUCAGACAUUAAAUAGUGCCUGGGAGGGCUCCUC